AUGGCCUCAAAAACGAUCAUGGAUGAUCCCGUCACUCGACCGGACAUGAUAAUUGCGGAUUUCUUCGUUGAAGCAGCCAACGAUAUUCACUUCGAGUACAAAUUCCCGGUUGCAAUCGUCGCUCCCAAUAUGCCUCUCUUCCAGUUACCUUGUUCGUACAUCCCCGGCCAACCAGGCUUCCAGCUUCCAGGGACCAUGACCUCUGAAAAUGCUCCGAUGUGGCUACGCAUUAUGAAUGAGAUCUUCCUCGUCCCGGAUCUUCCGACUAUCAUACGUGCAGGGAAAUGGAGCAAGAAGAUGCGAAGUGACAACGGUGUCUUUCAUCCACCUUACAAGCCCAGCAAACCAGACUAUCUCUUCUUUGUCAACUCUUUCUUUGGGCUGGAGAUCCCGCGCGAUCUACCUCCAACCGCUGCUCCUGUAGGUCCUCUCUUGAGUCCAACCUACCUGCCACUAGACCAGGAGCGUGGGGCAUUUCUGGCCAGCCAUACAUCAGUGAUCUAUAUCGCCCUUGGGACUCAUAUCAUCCUGCCCCAUAAGGAUGCUGCCAAGAUACUGGAGGGUGUAAAUCGUCUCAGAGAGGGUGGGUUGAUCGACGGUGUGGUCUGGGCUAUGGGCAAGACCUGUCGAGCAGACCUUGACCGCAGCGCCCGCUUCUCAUUCAAAACCGGCAAAUCGAAUAAAACCAUCCUGGGCGAUCUACUUGACAACAAACAUCCGGAUUGGGUUUUCUCAUUCUUCGCACCUCACCGUGCCAUCCUGGCCAGCGAAUCAACCAAGCUCUACUUCACUCACGGUGGAGGAUCUAGUGCCAAUGAGGGUCUUUAUCAAGACAAGCCAAUGUUAUCAAUGGGUAUCCUCUCAGACCAAAUCGCCAACUCCACACGGCUCGUCGCAGGAGGUGUCGAGUCAUUAAAUAAGUUUGACUUUACAUCUGACAAGAUCUACGACAAAGCCAAGAAGAUUCUCAAAUCCGAAAACGAAAUAUACAGCCAGAAUGUGCUGCGCUUACAGCGCAUUGCUCAUGUUGCUAGUCGUCGCAAGUACCAUGCGGCCGAUCUUAUCGAGGAAGUCAUGUACGACAACGAGCUACGGUUCAAAGAUGGUAAGGAACUGCGACCUAUGCACUUACAGACCGCCGAUAUGCUAAUGUCUGCUUUUAAAGCCAAUAACUGGGAUUUUUACGCUGUGGGUGGGCUUGCUCUAGCUGCAGUUGUGGGAUCAACGUGGAUUGCGGGUCACUGUGUGAUCGGACAGGUUCGAUAUAUUGCGUUUGCAGGUUGGGAGAGUUUGAUAGAAUACUUUUAA